AUGCUGAACGGGAGCCGGGAGGGCCUGUUUGAGUUGGGGAGACAGCUGCAGCAGCAGGGGGAAUCGCAGGCGGCAUUGCACUGUUUCCUCAGCUGCCUCCUGGGGCUGACACACGUGCAAAGCUUCCAUUCGCUGCCAAAUUGCCUGCACCAGAUUGCAGAGCUUUUCAUCACUGAAAAGAACUAUGGGAAGGCUCUGCAGUUCAUCCAGGCAGAGAAGAUGUUCUACGAGGUGGCACUGAUCGAACUCACUGCCCUGCAGGGUGGUACAGGCUCCCAAGAGGACAGUCUGCUGGGUUCCACAGGAUGGGUCUCCCAGGAGGAGCUGUCAGAGCAGGCCUCACAGGCCCAGGAUCUUGAGAGGCUUGCCGAACUUUGCAUCAUGAGUAAAAGACCUCAUCUUGCUUUAGAAUACAGCGGCAAGGCCACUAAAAUCCAUCAGCGGGCAUUUGGAAAUGAUCAUCCCAUCACUACGCGGAGUCUUGAGUUACUGGCCACUGUCUACGCUGAGAUCGGCAAAACAGAAUAUUCAGACUCUUUGGGACAGUGUGUGUCAGCUCUGUCCAAGAGGUUUUCCGGCAGUGAACCAUACAGUGAGACCCUAAAUAGCGUCACCAAGAUACAGCAGGACAGAUACAGCGAAGUCCGUCACAGGAAGGAGUCCCAUCAACAACAGGAGCCACCAAAACACAAGGCAACCAGUGGGGAUAAAAUUCCCACUUCCAUCCUGAAGCGGUCCAACGCGGGAAAUGUUCAGUCAAAUCUAACAUACAAAAGGAAAACCGAACGACGCGUUCGCUUCCGAGAGCCGGAAAUUAUCGUGCAUGACAUUCCGUACUAUGACCGUUUAGGAGGUAAGUAA